UAAUUUGGUAGGGGGUGGUGUUUGAACAUCAAACCCCUCUCUCUCUCUCUCUCUCUCUCUCUCUCUCUCUGUGUAUUCAGUCUCUUCCCUAUUUCUCUUCUCCUCUUCGCAUCGCAUUUUCUUCCAUUGUCCAUUCUCAAUUGUCAAUUGUCCUAACCGUUCGUCUUCAACAAAACGCACCCCAAAACUACUGUUGAAAACAAUUGACUUGACUGCCUUCAUUACUCACCACUACUCCAUACAUACAUACAUACAUACAUACAAAUCUUUCCAUGUCUUCAUCUCCCGCCGCCGCCGCCGCCGCCGCUGAUUUGGGUUUAUUCCAGCGGCGCGUUUUCAUUUCUGGUUUGUGAAGAAAAAGAAGCAGCAGCAGCAGAAGAAAUUAGGGAUUUGAGGAAAAACAGAAAUGGUGUUUAAGGGCAGAUUCUUUUCGUCGAAGAAAUCGGAUACUUCCAGCCCCGAUGGAUCCUCCGGUAGCCCCCGAUCCUUCGGGUCGAACUCCAAUUCGCCGAUCCGAUCGGAUAAGAAGAAGCCUAAAUCUGCGUCUAAAGAGACCUCCCCCGCCGCCUCCUCGCCGGCGAGCGCCGCCAAGGGUUUUUUGAAGAAGAAGGAUUCCGGCAAAGGUAAAGAGAAACUGAAUCCGACCAAACCUACUUCUGGAUACGCUUCCAAUUACUCCUCCGCGCCUUCCAAGUUGAAGAAAUCCGAUGAAGCGGCGGCGCCACCGCCGGCGCCUAAUUCGCUCUCCGUUUCGCCGAUAAUGGCGUCUUCUUUAGGGCUGAACAAAAUCAAGACGCGAUCAGGGCCUCUGCCGCAGGAGAGCUUCUUUAGUUUUGGGAGUAGGGAUAAGAGUGCUGCAUUGGGGGCUAGUAAUUUAUCUAAGCCAUUGGGCGGCGCCGCCAUUGGUGGCCGUGAUGGGAUUUCUUCUGUUAGCAAGAAGAAGGAUAAAGCAUUUGCUGAGAAUCUAGAUAAUGGGAGUAAUUCGGACACUAUGUCGACAGAGAGUGGAGCAUCGAGGGACCAGAGCCCUCAUGUAUUCCAAGCUCAGACGAGGUCUCGUCUCCACAAUGCCGAAUCUUCGUCUGAGCAAUUCAAUCCAGCGUGUGGUGAUUCGGGAGGUCUAAGGAAUUCCGAUGAAUGCACUCCAGAGAUGAAGACUUCGUACGAAUGUGACAAUCCGAAAGAGUCAGAAUCUCCGCGAUUUCAAGCUAUACUCCGUGUUACAAGUGCACCAAGAAAGAAAUUUCCGGGUGAUAUAAAAAGUUUUUCACAUGAAUUGAAUUCCAAAGGCGUACGCCCUUACCCGUUUUGGAAACCGAAAAGGUUAAAUAACUUGGAGGAGGUUUUAGAUAUGAUUCGGACAAAAUUUGACAAAGCAAAGGAAGAGGUGGAUUCCGAUUUGCAUAUUUUUGCAGCUGAUCUAGUCGGGAUAUUGGAAAAGAAUGCGGAGACACAUCCCGAUUGGCAGGAGACUAUAGAGGACCUCUUGGUACUGGCUCGUAGAUGUGCUAUGACUUCUCCCGGAGAAUUUUGGCUUCAAUGUGAAGGCAUAGUGCAAGAACUGGACGACAGACGGCAGGAACUUCAUAUGGGCACGCUGAAGCAGCUCCACACACGAAUGUUGUUCAUACUCACAAGAUGCACCAGAUUGUUGCAGUUUCACAAGGAAAAUUGGUUCGCCGAGGAUGAACAAAUUUUUCCUCUUCGUCAAUCACUUCAGCCUGCAGAUAAAAAGGUCACUUCGAGCCCAGAAAGAAGUGGAAAGAUGUCCAGCGAUUCAAAAGCAUUUUUUAAGGGCCCUUCGACAAGGAAAUCUUAUAGUCAAGAGCAAUCAGAUUGGAAGAGAGACCAUUCUGUACCUGGAAUUCUAUCUACUGUUCCUGAAACCACAAAAACCUUUGAUUCUCCUGUUGGUAGAGAUCGAAUGGCGUCGUGGAAGAGAUUUCCUUCUCAGUCUGGCAGAAGCCCGAAAGCAGUUUCUUUGGUUAAAGAGGAGCAGAAUAAGAACACCGUUGAAUCUCCAAGAAUUCUAGCGGAACUAAGUAGAGACAAUGAUACUGAAUUAGUAACUGGCAAGGUGCCCGAUCCACCUUCUAAAGACUUGCACGAGUCUUCUAUGCCAAAACAUCAGCACAAAGUGUCGUUGGGCUAUUGUGGAGAUCAGCCGAGUGUAUCAGAUGAAAGUUCAAUUAUCUGUCGAAUUUGUGAGGAGGAGGUUCCAACUUCACAUGUGGAAGAACACUCUAGAAUAUGCGCAAUAGCAGAUCGAUGUGAUCAAAUGGGCCUAACGGUGAAUGAUCGUCUCAUUAGAAUUGCUGAAACUCUUGAGAAAUUGAUGGAAUCCUUCUCAGUGAAGGAUUCACAACAUGCUGUUGCAAGCCCUGAUGUAGCUAAAGUUUCGAACUCAAGCGUGACUGAAGAGUCGGAGUUUCUUUCGCCAAAAUUUAGUGACUGGUCGCGCCGAGGCUCUGAAGACAUGCUAGACUCUUUCACUGAUUCGGAUAAUAAUAUCACAAUGGAAGAUGUGAAGACUUUGACAACUGCAGCAGGUAAAACUCGAUUUGGUCCAAAGUCUGAUCAAGGAAUGACGACAUCUUCAGCCGGAAGUUUGACUCCUAGGUCACCAUUGACGCCCCGAAUGAGCCCAAUUGACAUGCUUUUAUCUGGAAAGGGUGCACUCUCCGAGCAUGGCGAUCUUCCUCAGAUGAGCGAGCUUGCUGAUAUUGCUCGAUGUGUGGCAAACGCGCCACUGGAUGAUGAUCGCUCUAUGCAAUAUCUGCUAUCUUGUCUCGAAGACUUGAAACUUGUGUUAGAUCGCAGAAAGUUUGACUCCCUUACAGUAGAAACAUUUGGAGCUCGAAUAGAGAAAUUGAUCAGGGAGAAAUAUUUGCAGCUAUGUGAGCUAGUUGACGAGGACAAGGUUGAUAUUUCAAGCACUGUUAUUGAUGAAGAUGCUCCUUUGGAAGAUGAUGUUUUACGUAGUCUACGAAGUAGCCCUGUACAUUCUUCCAGAGACCGCACUUCGAUAGAUGAUUUUGAGAUUAUCAAACCAAUUAGUCGUGGGGCAUUUGGUCGCGUAUUUUUGGCAAGAAAGAGAACAACAGGAGAUUUGUUUGCAAUCAAGGUUCUUAAAAAGGCAGACAUGAUACGCAAAAAUGCAGUUGAGAGUAUUUUGGCGGAACGUGAUAUAUUGAUAUCUGUGCGCAAUCCCUUUGUGGUUCGCUUCUUCUAUUCAUUCACUUGUCGAGAAAACUUAUAUCUUGUAAUGGAGUAUUUGAAUGGUGGAGAUCUCUACUCGUUAUUGAGGAAUCUGGGAUGCCUUGAUGAAGAUGUUGCCCGUGUAUAUAUAGCUGAAGUUGUGCUUGCUUUGGAGUAUUUGCAUUCUCUUCGCGUCGUUCAUCGUGACCUAAAGCCCGACAAUUUGUUGAUUGCUCAUGAUGGCCACAUCAAGUUAACGGACUUUGGGCUAUCAAAAGUGGGUCUGAUUAACAGCACCGAUUUGUCGGGUCCCGCCGUUGGUGGAACGUCGAUUAUGGAUGAAGAUGAACCUCCAUUAUCUGCAUCAGAACAUAAGCAAGAACGGCGCAAGAAUCGCUCGGCUGUGGGUACACCAGACUACUUAGCACCCGAGAUUCUUCUAGGGACCGGGCAUGGUUUCACUGCCGAUUGGUGGUCUGUGGGUGUUAUUCUAUUCGAGUUAAUUGUCGGAAUCCCUCCCUUCAAUGCCGAACACGCACAGAAAAUAUUCGACAACAUUCUCAAUCGCAAGAUUCCAUGGCCCCGAGUUCCCGACGAAAUGAGCCUCGAAGCAUUUGAUUUGAUUGAUCGGUUGCUGACUGAAGAUCCGAGCCAGAGACUCGGCGCCGGAGGAGCUCCGGAGGUUAAGCAGCAUCCAUUUUUUCGAGAUAUUAACUGGGAUACGCUUGCGAGGCAGAAGGCUGCCUUCGUCCCUUCAUCGGAAGGCCCGAUGGACACGAGCUAUUUCACCAGUCGAUACUCGUGGAAUCCUUCAGAAGAACAUGUUUAUGCCGCGAGUGAAUUCGAAGAUUCGAGCGAGAACGGAAGCUUGAGCGGGAGCAGUAGCUGCUGCCUCAGCAAUCGUCACGAAGAAGUGGGAGAUGAAUGUGGAGGGCUCGCCGAGUUCGAUUCCAGCACCGAUAUCAAUUACACCUUCAGUAACUUCUCGUUUAAGAAUCUUUCACAGCUUGCGUCGAUCAACUACGACCUGCUUACGAAAGGGUUGAAAGACGAUGCGGCGACGAGUUCGGGUACGUGACUGUUCUUGCUGAGGUGGGUUUGCUGGGAAUUUGUAUUUCUUGUAAAUGCAUUUUGCAGUUUCUUCUUCUUCUUCUUGCAUUGUUCAUAACUCAAUGGUCUUUAAACUUACACCAUUUUUACAUGAGGAAUGAACUGCACUGCUGAGGAAUCAAGAUUUAUUACAACA